UAUGUUUGGUCAAUUGGGCGAUCACCCAAUUGACCGAGCUCUACGCAAGCGCUUCACAUUUCAAUUUGAGUCAUAUUUAUAUAACAAUGCAACUUGUGGGCGGUGGAAUUGGUGAGCAUUAUUUCGUCAGUGAUUGGUAAAUAUUUGCCGGUUAGUUCUUCCUGGGGGGUUAAAAAGUUAACCAUUGACGGUCCUGAAAUUCCCCUCACACCCAUAAGACCUGACGCAUCUUGCGUCUUAACUUCGAUCGGCUCGUGUUAAUGUCGGACAGUUUUAUUUUUGGAAUUGGAAUUUUGACCUCCGUGCCCCAAAAAGUCCAAAUGUAGCCCCGAUGAAGAGAAGGUGAUUUUUUUUUGGUCCAUUUCAAGAAAUUCUCAGCUCUCCUCUUUGUUCUCGGUGCUGUUUAGUCUUCCUUAUCGCUUGUUUUCCCGGUCGUUAAGGAGUGGAGCCAGUUUCAAUAGCAGCUGAUACUCAGGCAAACUGUUGACCACACACCGAGACUUUAAUCUGGCUCUCUUGAGUUCACCCCAUCCAUCGUCUCCAUUUUGUCCUUCACUCCCUCUGUUCCUGCUCUUGAGGCCCCUUUCUUUCUUUUUUUUGCACAGAAACUACGAGAGCGAGUCCUCUCAUCUGAGACUUUGCACUCUCUCUCUCUCUCUCUCUCUCUCUCUCUCUCUCUCGCGCUCUCUUAGCUGCCCAGGAAGGUGUGUGUUGUUUGCUUAAGUUAAGCCGACAACAGAAACAAAAAGCCUGCGUGCCCAAAGUGUGCAGACAGGACAAAAAAGAUUGUCGGAUAAAAGCCCCCAAAACACGAGGAUGUUUCCUCGAGCUUCCUGUUAUUCUCCACCUUUCCUUUUGUGCAUCUCUAAGCAAAAAAAGGCGACUGCAUUUCCCAUCAGCCAUCUGUCGCUCUCUCGGGCACACACACGCGUUAGUACCUGUGGAAGCUCCGCCCUGACGGUGGCUGACGCUCGCAGUGUUCGUGCGCGCUCAGCUCAGUGCCGCGCUGUACCUGUCUCUCAUGGAGGUGGAGCAGCACUCCUCGGAGCAGACGGCCCAGCGGCGGCGGAGUGCUGUCGAGCGACAUCGGCCACACCUCUAAUUGGCUGUUUUUGUCAGAAUGACAGCCGAAGAUUCAGCUUCCUCUUCAGCUAUGAGCACCAAUACUGCCCCCUCCAAGCCCUGCAAAUUUGCCACUGCCUCCCACCACGCUGUCCUCGGACACACCAACAUUCCCGAGGGCGUCGCAGGCGCUCCCAAUGAGCCGGCGCUGGUGGCCUUGAUGGAGCGCAGCGGCUACGGGAUGGUCCAGGAAAACGGCCAACGCAAAUACGGGCCGCCUCCCGGUUGGAACGGCCCAUCUCCGCCGCGGGGCUGUGAGAUCUUUGUGGGCAAGAUCCCGAGGGAUGUUUACGAGGAUGAGCUCGUUCCCGUCUUCGAGGCUGUGGGACGCAUCUACGAGAUGCGCCUGAUGAUGGACUUUGACGGCAAGAACCGAGGCUACGCGUUUGUCAUGUACACCGAGAAACACGAGGCCAAACGGGCCGUGCGGGAGCUAAACAACUACGAGGUGCGGCCCGGGCGACUCCUCGGGGUCUGCUCCUCUGUGGACAACUGCCGUCUUUUUAUCGGCGGUAUCCCCAAGACCAAAAAGCGUGAGGAGAUUCUGGAGGAGGUCUCCAAAGUGACAGAAGGCGUGUUAGAUGUGAUCGUUUACGCCAGCGCCGCAGACAAGAUGAAGAACCGUGGCUUUGCCUUCGUAGAGUACGAGUCGCACCGUGCGGCCGCCAUGGCCCGCCGGAAACUGAUGCCUGGGCGCAUUCAGCUGUGGGGUCACCAAAUUGCAGUGGACUGGGCAGAGCCAGAAAUUGAUGUGGAUGAAGAUGUCAUGGAGACAGUGAAAAUACUCUACGUCAGGAAUCUUAUGAUGGAGACCAGCGAGGAAACCAUUAAACAGGUGUUUAGUCAGUGGAACCCGGGCUGUGUCGAGCGAGUGAAGAAAAUCCGUGACUAUGCCUUCGUUCACUUCGCAUCCCGCGACGAUGCCGUGCUGGCCAUGGACCACCUGAAUGGAACAGAGGUGGAGGGCUCCUGCAUUGAGGUCACGCUCGCCAAGCCGGUCGAUAAAGAGCAGUACUCUCGCCAGAAGGCCUCGAAGGGGGUUUCUGCUGCUCCGGAAGCUCCGCAGCAGAACUAUGUCUACCAGUGUGACCCUUACACACUGGCCUACUACGGUUAUCCCUACAGCACACUCAUCGGACCCAACAGGGACUACUUUGUCAAAGGAUCCUCAUUGAUACUGAACAAUGCAGGUACCGUGCGAGGUCGUGGUCGCGCCGCCACAGGUAACCGGACCCCCGGUCCUCGGGGCUCGUACCUGGGGGGUUACUCUGCCGGUCGUGGCAUCUACAGCCGCUACCACGAGGGUAAGACCAAGCUGCCCGAAAAGUCCUAUGAACUGAUGCCCAGUCUGGAGCUCGCUGCCUCCGUCAACCCGGUUGCCAUCAAACCAGGCACAAUGGCGUUGCCGACUCUGGCCGGCCAGUACCCGGUGUUCGGCGCGGCCCCCGCGGCCAAGCUGAUGGAGGAGGGCAAGGUGCACGCGGUGGAGCAUCUCAUCAACCCUCUGGCCAUGCAACACCCUGAACACGGCGCGGCUCCCGCCGCCGUUCUGCCGGUCUCCACCCCGCCACCUUUUCAGGGUCGUCCGAUCACUCCCGUCUACGCCGUGGCGCACAACGUGCCGCGCAUCCAAGCGGCCGGCGGCCUGUACGGCGCGGGAUACGUCCCCGUCGCAAACUACGCGGCCAACACGGCCGCUCUGGCCACGCUGCAGAAGAACGCGGCGGUCGCGGCCGCGACGUACGGAGGCUACGCCGGCUACGCCGUGCCGCAAGCCUUCCCGGCGACGGCCUUCCAGAUGCCCAUCCACGACAUCUACCAGUAUUGACGUGCGGCGGCUCGGCCCGCGUGAAGUCAACGCGAGCGUUCUCCUGCCCGUGACUGAUCCACCGCUGUAACUUCUCGACGGCACGCCUUAAAAGUAAAUCUCUGCGGAUUCGGGGAACCUCCGAGCACAGCCACGAGUGAGAGUGACGCUUGAAGAUACGAUUCUGAGCACAUGGUGAAACGAUGUGCCCCACCUAUUACUUCUUGAUGCAAAUUGGAAGAGGCGAGCCGCGACCUCCGUGCGGGGACGGCCGACUGCGAGCAAAACGACAAAACGACGCCGUCUCGUCAUUGACCCCCGGCCCCGUCAUCAGGUUGCUAUAGCAACAAAACCCUGAAGGUACAUGAAAGUAUUUAUGAAGAGAAGACAUAUAUUUAAGGUUCUAUUACUGUAGGUUUAGCUUGAUGUUUUAGGGGGUAAAGAUAACCUUUUUGACUAAAAGUGGGAGAAGAAAAAGUUCAGAACUACUGACACAAGAGGAUACCACUGAAGCCAACUGCUUUGCAUAUACUCAUGAAUGUUUUAGGGUUGUUGUUUUAUAGCGUUCUUUCCUCGCGGAGUGCUGUCGGUGAUGCUGUCCGUCCAUGCUGAUUGAAUGUUUCUGCUUCAAACAUACAGCACAUGCCCGGUUGGUACUGGUUUGGCUCGUUUCGCUGUAUUUGUGUUGUUGCGAUUCUUUUCAAAUGAAGGUUUUCGAGUGCUGUGUUCAGUGAACUAUAACUGCUUCGCUUGUUUCAGUGUCGUUGCUCGAACAUUUGAACACACUUAGAUUAUUUGAAGAAAUGUCCCCAUUUUUGGGGGGGGGACAGAUAAUAACCAAACCUAACAGCUUUUCUAAUGGUGACAUCACGUACACGGUUUCCCACACUGAGGAGAAGACUGAACAUUUUUUCAUUUUUAUCAUCUUUUUUAUCAUUAUUAUUUGACACGUGAAAGGUGAACAAAUAUGCGGAGAAAUUAGAAGCCUUUUCUAUAUGGACAUCAGUGGACACAUGCCAACUAAGCUGGCAUACACGCCAGCCUGAGGAUAUUAAAAAGAGGCCUCGCCACCGUGCCUGACAACUACUUUUUAUUUCUUAAUUACACUUACACUGUGCCUUUCAUAACAGAGUGGAAAAUGGUUCUGGAUUUAGGAUGGCUCACAAGUCUCGUGGAUUUGUGGUGUUGCAGUAUUGGGGUAACGGGACAAAGCUACCUCGUCCAUCCACAAAACAACAUUCUCUUCAUUUCUUGAGCCGCCUUCAAACUACGACAGCAGAUGGAGAGAGAUGUUCCGUUGUCACUCAUCAGUCGUCCGCGGUCACACUUAUCGCCGUUUUAAUCGGCGCUUUUAAAAAGAAACUCUGCACGUGCGAUAGCAAGCUGCGAACAACUGGAGCGAUACCUGACCCGAUACCGCGCAGCAGCCACGUGACACGAUAGCCAUUUUCAUUUGAGCGCAUUAUCGCAGCUGUUGCUUAUGAUGAGGAGGAGGAGGAUUACAGUGAUGAUUAAUAUUAAGUCAGAGUUCCCCCACGCUUUUUCAACUCGCAACCCAAAUUAUGAAGAUCCGAGGUUACGCAGCACGAGCUGUAUUCCCACACACACGCAAAAGACGUAUGCACGUAAACCAACGAUGAUGAACAGGAGGCAGAUGAAAAAAGGAUUUUUUUUUUUUUUUUUUUUAAAGUUAGUUUGGUCCAACUCACCAUUUUUAGUCCGCAACUGGUGAUUAGUUUUUUGUUUUUUUCCUUGUAUGAUGACAAAACAUCAGGAUGUAUUGAAUUAAUAUAUGCAUUACAUAUGCUGUGCAUGAAGUGAGAAGGAAAGGUCUAAUAUAUUCGAAAACUUUUCUUUAUUAACAUUUUUUAGGGAUUUUUAAAGUCUGAGUAACAAAAGUAGAUUUUUUUUUCUCUUGCCAGUGUCCAAUAGUUUAACGCGUUCAAGUUAUUGUAUUCUGUGUGAUGAUUUUGUUGUUGUUCUUUUCUUUUUUCUUUUACAAUUUUGAACUGGAUUUUGUGUUGCGAGUGUGUCUUUUAAGCUUCCAUCUUAUCAUAAGCCAAGACAACAAGAUUGCAGUGGUCUUUAACUCUGCUAAAGUAAACUGGAGUUCAGCCUUGGCCAAGAUAUCAAAACAAGUGUGGUCCAACAGCCAUGAAAACAUGUUUGUUUUGGGUUUGACAACAGUCACUUCCUGGUUCUGCCUCUCACUCCAAACGGCUGCUCUCCUGGCGUUUCUCUCGCACGACAACCGUGCUCACUUGUGUGGAGCUCCGAUAUAUCCAAGCCAGUUGUACAAACUCUUCGUAGUGUGUGCCUUAUUGCCAACGUGUGCUUUUACCUUUGUAGACCUAUGAAGACUGACUUCUAUCUGAGGGGUUGUAUUACUUUUACUUACUUUGUUUUCCCUGCCUUGUUAUAUUUAUAGUAAGAAAUAGAUAAAUAAAAGCAUUUUCAAAAGCAA